AUGGACGUGGCGGGACAGGCGCGCCCCGGCUCUUCCUCCUUCUUCUCCUCCUCCUCCUGCUCCCCUAACGGGAAGUGUCUGUUCUGCAAGGCGGGGCCGAUUGAGGCUUCAGUGGCCGCUGGCUGGUUGUGGGCAGAGUCCUCUUCUCCCCGCCCCCCGACGGCCGCGCCUUUCCUGCGAAUCCCGCUACCUGGCCGAGGACGCGGCGGGCUGGAGCGCGCAGACGGGGUACACAAGCCCGGCCCCCGAGGGCGGAACGAGCGAGGCAGAUCAGAUCUCCAGCCGGGCAGAUCAGAACCCAGGGAUCUGUUGCCGGGCGCUGGUGAGCAGCUGGAAGCGAAGGGGCCCCCUCCCACCGCGAAGCGAAGCCCCGCCAUGGGCAAGCACGAGGCGUGGAGACCCCCCGGAUGGAGGUACUCCUGGCACACGGCGUUCCUAGCAGCCUCCGUCCUGAGUUCCUGCUUCCUGUUGACUCGAGCCCAGGAGACAACUAUAAGUAUCAGAAUUUUUCCAGACGUGCUGAAAGAAAGAGAUAGUGUCACAUUAACACCAGAAGGUCUUGCUCCGAAGGCGAUUACCUGCAGAUGGUACCGAGGGGUAGUUGAAGAAAAAAACAUUAUUAUUACCUUUUUCCCACCAAAUGUUGGUCAGAACCGUGGAGAUGCCUACACUGGCAGGGAGACUGUGAACCCAGAUUGCUCCCUUCUCAUCACAGAUUUAAAGCCAGAUGACUCUGGAACCUAUUCAUUUAAAUCAGAAGGUCCUGGGGUUACCAACACAGGGGCUACAAACAUCACCGUUUCAGGGGUGCCCUGUGCAACGCCCCCUGCGGCACCAUCUUGGUCCAGCGCCCAGUGCAAGCAAAGCAGUCAUCUCAGCAACGAUAACACUGUGUCUCUUCCAUCUGUAGAAAUUCUCUCCAAGCCCAACGUGCUUGUUUCCCCAUCCCGUUUCCUAACUGAGUUCGAGACUGCCAUUUUAACUUGCAACACCUCGCCUAGUGUUGUCAGUGUCGCCUGGUUCUGGGAAGGAAUGCCUCUCAGGGAGAGCUCUCAGAUGCAGCUUUCCGAUGAUAAUCGGACUCUCACCAUCCACGGCAUUAACCGCAGCGAUGCUGGGAACUAUCGCUGUCGAGUGUCCAACCCAGCCUACAUUGUGCGGAGUGAUGCCGUAUACAUUUCAGUGUUCUGUGAGUAUCUGUCUCCAAGCGCCGCCCGUUGGACCUGUCCCGGUCUCUGCUUCUUCUCUGUCCUGUGGUAUCUUCUCCCACCUCUACAUCUCUUCAGGUGCUUCGGUUUCAAAAAAAGUCUUAUUUUAUUUCUGAUUCUUCAGAUCUCUCUGGGAGCGGUAUAUAAUGUGGCCAUUUCGGGCCCCUCUAAUGCCACAGAAAACGAUAGUGUCACUUUGAACUGCAAUGCUGCUGGCACCAAUGUUUCGUAUUACUGGCUGAACGGAAGCCAGCUGAUUGAAGGAGGAGAUCAUAUCUUUUUAGAUGACAACAACCAGAGGCUCAUUCUCAACCCAGUCACCAGGAAUGACGAUGCCAACUACACCUGCUUUGGGAACAACAGCUUCUCUGGAAAUUCCAAACUGAGUAGCACCCUUACUACUAGCACAGCCUGGCCCUCUCCAACAUGUGGCUUUCCUAUAUUUGCUUCAGACGGGCCUGAGAACACCACAAUCAACCCUCAGGAGCCAGUUUAUAGAGACCAAUCCACCCUUAACCUCUCGUGUUCUGCCAACUCCAACCCCCCUGCCAGUUAUUCUUGGUAUCAUAAUGAGAAACUUCUGGAAGCUCAGAACGAGUCCCAACUCCUGAUCUCGCAUCUUUCUCUAAAUGAUGCUGGCAAAUAUACUUGUAAUGCCACCAAUGAUGUCACCGGCCUAUUCAGCCACACCAGCCUGGAGAUCAGCGUCCUGGGUGAGUAUUAUUCUUGGUAUCAUAAUGAGAAACUUCUGGAAGCUCAAAACGAGUCCCAACUCCUGAUCUCACAUCUUUCUCUAAAUGAUGCUGGCAAAUAUACUUGUAAUGCCACCAAUGAUGUCACUGGCCUUUUCAGCCACACCAGCCUGGAGAUCAGCGUCCUGGGAGAGGUAUAUAAUGUGGCUAUUUCCGGCCCCUUUAAUGCUAUAGAGAACGGUAUUGUCACUUUGAACUGCACUGCUGCUGGCGACAGUGUUUCGUAUUACUGGCUGAACGGAAGCCAGCUAAUUGAAGAAGGAGGUCAUAUCUUUUUAGACAACAACCACCAGAGUCUCAUUCUCAACCCAGUCACCAGGAAUGACGAUGCCAACUACACCUGCUUUGGGAACAACAGCUUCUCUGGAAAUUCCAACGGGCCCGACAACCCCACAAUCGACCCUCAGGAGCCAGUUUACAUAGAGCACUUCCCCCUUAACCUCUCGUGUUCUGCCAACUCCAACCCACCUGCCAGUUAUUCUUGGUACCAUAAUGAGAAACUUCUGGAAGCUCAGAACGAGUCCCAACUCCUGAUCUCGCAUCUUUCUCUAAAUGAUGCUGGCAAAUAUACUUGUAUUGCCACCAAUGAUGUCACUGGCCUUUUCAACCACACCAGCCUGGAGAUCAGCGUCCUGGGUGAAGUAUAUAAUGUGGCCAUUUCCGGCCCGUUUCAUGCCAUAGAGAACAGUGCUGUCACUUUGAACUGCACUGCUGCUGGCGACAGUGUUUCGUAUUACUGGCUGAACGGAAGCCAGCUGAUUGAAGAAGGAGGUCAUAUCUUUUUAGACAACAACCACCAGAGUCUCAUUCUCAACCCAGUCACCAGGAACGAUGAUGCCAACUACACCUGCUUUGGGAACAACAGCUUCUCUGGAAAUUCCAACGGGCCCGACAACGCCACAAUCGACCCUCAGGAGACAGUUUACAUAGAGCACUUCCCGCUUAACCUCUGGUGUUCUGCCAACUCCAACCCACCUGCCAGUUAUUCUUGGUAUCAUAAUGAGAAACUUCUGGAAGCUCAGAACGAGUCCCAGCUCCUGAUCUCACAUCUUUCUCUAAAUGAUGCCGGCAAAUAUACUUGUAAUGCCACCAAUGAUGUCACUGGCCUUUUCAGCCACACCAGCCUGGAGAUCAGCGUCCUGGGAUAUGUCACUAAUAUCACCAUCAGUGACUCUGGCAAAGCCAUCGAGAAUAACAUCACAGUUCUGAACUGCACCUCCGCAGGCACUAAUGUUUCCUACUCUUGGUUAAGAGGGAACGAGAGCCUGGUGGUUGGAGAGCGCAUUUCUCUGAGCAACAACAACCAGGUCCUCACAAUCAAUCCAACGAGCCGGAAUGACUCGGACAGCUACAGCUGCUAUGGAUAUAACACCUUCUCUAAUGACAGCACCUCAUACUUGCUGAAUGUUCUCUAUGGGCCUGAUGUCCCUGUAAUUGGCCCCAGUGAGCACUAUUAUGCAGAAGGCUCCAACCUCACUCUCUCCUGCACUGCUGACUCCAACCCGGCUGCACAAUACACCUGGAGUUUCAAUGAGACAUCAGACAUAGGGUCCGGCUCCCAGCUUUCUGUCCACAACCUCCAGUUCCACCACAGUGGGAAUUACACCUGCAAGGCUUUCAACAAUGAAACCAAUGCUAACUCCACCUUCGCAAACUGGGAGAUCUGGGUACUAGAAACCCUCUCCGACCCAAUCCUGUGGCCUGCAGAAGCCAUAGUGGCAGAGAACGCAACCGUCUCCUUAGAGUGUAACACCUCCAACAGCCAAGAUGUCACCGUCACCUGGUUCAAGGGCAGUAACCCUGUCCUAGAUAAGGCUGUGCUUUUCAACAGGAACCGAACCCUCACUCUAACUGGCGUCUCCAAAGAUGAGGAAGGGGUGUAUACAUGUAAUGCUACCAACCCUGUCAGCAAUGCCAAAAGCAACCCCAGUAAGAUUAGCUUGGCAUAUGGGCCAAAUAACGUUAAGCUGAACCAAACGGGAACCGUAACUCUAAAACUAGGUUCCCAUUUGGCUCUGCUGUGCGCUGCAGAGUCCCUACCCGAAGCCCAGUUUCGGUGGCUUUUCAAUAAUACUGAUAUGAAUGUGGCGGCGAACACCUUCAGCACAGAAUUAACAACCUGGGAAGACGAAGGCACUUACACCUGCCAGGCAUACAACAGCGUCGUUAACAAGACGGCCUCAGCAUCUGUCAACGUGAAAUUGACAGAGCAGGAAUCUCUUCCAUCAGAUACGGGUCUUAAUUCAGGACAAAUUGCUGGAAUUGUCAUAGGUUGUGUGCUUGGAGUAGCACUCAUUGGAGGUCUGGGAUAUUUCCUGUGCACCAAGACUUCCUUGGGGAGGACGGAGCAGCACUCAUCUAAUGGAAACAUACCCUCAGCUCCCGGCCGCAACCAGGGCGUCACUGACACCAAACCCACACCGGGUGAAGAGGACAUACAAUAUUCAACACUAGCCUUCAAGCCCAACCACCCUCCUCAGCCAGAGCCAGCGGCCAUCCGGCCAUUGGAAAGCACCAUAAUAUACUCAGAAAUCAAGAAGAAAUGAUCAGGGAUGGAUCUCCCCUAAUGGGCUCCCCCAUGACUCACCUCUGCUUCAUUUGCCUGGAUUUUAUUUUUGGUUGGGGGGGGGGUUAAAAAAACUGUUGCCUCUUCUGAAGAUAAGGUUAUCGGUCCCUCCCACACACACCCCCCUCUCAAGUGGUUCUCCUCUACCAACCCGCUGAGCUGAAAACAAAAAAGCAGAAGUUUGUCUCCACGCCCUGCCACCUGGUGUAAUUGAGGGUAGGGUUUGGAAUGGAACCAAACCAUGCAAAAUCAGACCUUCCUUCCACCCACCCUGCCGUUGGUGGCAUGCAUGGCAAGAGGGAGGCCAUUUCAUCCUCGGAUCUGUGUGGAGAGAAACUAGAAACAUUUCAGAUAUCUCUUCUCCCUUUCGCUCUCUCUCUCUCUCCCCAUCCUGCUAUUGUUUCGCUUCCUGGCUGUGCCAAACCUCCCCUCUUUCUCCUGUCCCUCGGGUUUUGGUGUCGCUAGGCAGCGGUGUGGCUGCUGCUCCCUCAGGCCUACCCCAGACACCACAAGCCCUCCCUGGGGGAGCUGGAUUCCAGGCACCGGCGAAGAAAGCGUUCGAUAUCCGGGAAAGAGUGCACUGGGAAACAGGCCGGUGUGGCAGCUGCAUCCAGGGCCAGCCUGGACUGGACAGGAGAGGGCCUUUGCUCCUGAUGCCUCCAUCUGACUCCAGACGCUUCUGAGCUUAUUCUUUUUUGAGGAGGCAUAAAAACUUGCUUGGGGGUCAGACCAGAUCUGUGGACUAGCAGUUCACCCCCUCUUACUGUCCAGAAUGAACUGGCAACGUCUCAACAAGACAGCAACACCCCUUGCCCCUGCAGUCUGGCUUUUGGCUUCAGCUAUUCUUUUGCUCAUGUGAAUUUGAAAGUGCCCUACGUGUGGAUAUGGAACUCGGAGUGACAUGUGGGUGGGAGGGGGGGGGAUUUGUAGUGGUAAAGCCAUAAUUAUUUCCCCUCUGCCUGGUAAGGCCACCGGUCAUUAUCCCCUCUCCACCACCACUGCCCCAUUUCUUGCGAUUAACUGCCAAAUCCAGUCUGUAACAGAAGGAGCAAGAUCAUUUUGCAGAGCAGAUAUGUUAAGCACAGCAGGCUGCUGUAGAACAUGGGGUGAGUUGAGGCAUCUUGAAUAGAUUCCCUUCCAUGUUUCUCCAGCUACGUGGGGUCUAGAAAUGGAAGAGAACUGUGCCAAAUGUCUGGAGGCUUAGAGCACUGGGCAGGGGUUAGGAAGCCACCACCCACAGAAGAGGAAGGGAUCCGAUGUCUCCCCACGUCCCCUGGGCGGCCGCAGAGCCAGUGGGCAAAGCACUGGGGUCGGUUGCAAGAACCGUGACGCUCGCUGAGCAGACUUGAGCAAGUUAACUACCCCUCAGACUAACCUCCUUUGCAGGAUUGUUGUGGGGCUACAGUGAGAUAAAGCUGUAACAAUAAUAAUGCCUAGAGCCAGCAGGAGGGGGGGGGAUCGGAGUCUCGGGAGAUUAAUUUAUUUUAAUUGCAGGUGUAGAAUCAGGGACAGCGGGGUCUGCAUUCUAGAUUAGCUCAACUCCCACACCGCAAAGAAACGACUCAGAACGGGCAGGCGAACUGGGCUGCUCUGCAAAAUUCAACAAAGUGCAGCGAGGAAGAAAGGAGGAGGGCACUUGGCAGCGAGCAUUUGUUCGUUUUGCUUCAAACGCCAGCGCCGGUUUCGCAACUAGCCAGCUUCUAGCUAAUGGGGCAGACAUGCCAAGCACUGUUGAUGUUGGCCUGAGCCAAAGGCAGACCUCGUAAGAUCUCUGAUAGGAACGAGAGGGGAAUCCCAUGCCUUCUGCUCCCUCGUCGUGUUGUUUGGGUGUGCGUUUUCCUCCUCCACCACCACCACCACCCCACGCCAAAAGUUUGUCAUCUUCGAUUAAGAGUCGAUAGCAUCUCAUAUACUCUGGGCCUCGCUAAUUGUUGGGUGUGGCUGGAAGACUGCAUGUAUUCACGUUAAGCUUCAGGACAGAAGGACAAUGGAGCAGUGUUUGGAACAAGCGCUGCACUCAUCAUGCCCCAGUUAACCCAUGAAUCGUUCUGCCAUCUUGAGGAGGCCUGGCACAGUCGUCUUCAAUGAAGAAACCCCCACAAAAGAAAGCUUGUCUCCCUGUUGCAUCCGGUUGGCACCGGGCCUUUGAAAUGAUUAGCUGCUGUCCUGCAGGACAGGAGAAGCAGAGAAGGCUGCUCAGAUCUGAGGGGCGGCUGUUGAGAGUGCAAAACUGGUGAUGGAAUGCAAAGCUGAUGGUUGUGGAAAUUUGGGCUGUUAUUCUGGUUGUAAAAUGAUGAAUAAUUUUGUUUUUAAUAAUAACGAUAAUAAUAAAUUGAGAAUGGAAAAGA